UAAUUAAAUUAUUUUUAGUGGCUAUUUACGAAAUUUCCUAGUAAAUAAAUACCAUUUUGGGCCAAUAAACUAACAUGGGUUUUGAAUAUGGGCUUUAAGUAAAGCUAGCCCAAUAUUUGUUAUAUCAGCUUCACGUAGAGGAAGUCGUCGGCGGCUCGCUUUACCGACUCCGGCGACGGCGGAAAACCUUAUCCGACGGCAAAAAUGGGUAAGAAACCGUCGAGGAAGAAUGGAGUUGGUAAAGCAUCUGGUUCAAUUACAUUGCGAGAAGAAUCAGGUGUGAAGAAGAAACAAACUCUUGUUAAUGCGAAAUCGAUGCUGAAAUUGGAGCAUAUAAAGGAUAUUGCUAACUGGACUAGUGGAGAAGGUUCCAUACCUUCACUUGCUGCGUUUUUUGGGCAGAGAUUAGCUGUAUCAGCUGAGUCUUUGGGUGUUUCACCUGACCCUUCAUUAUUAACCUGUCAAAGGUGUGAAUCUAUCCUUCAGGCUGGCUACAAUAGUACAGCACGGAUUGAGAAGAACAAAAGAAAGGCACGAAAGAAACGCAAAACAUCAGGUAUUCCCUCGAAGAACUCAGUUGUAUAUGAGUGUCAUUUCUGCUCACAUCGAAAUCUAAAGAGAGGAAACUCAAGAGGCUAUAUGAAUAGCCUAUAUCCUGCCAAACCAAAAACUUUAACAGUUGACCCUGCUACAUCAGCAACCCGAAAGGUAAAAGUUGAUCCUACUGAAUCAACAAUGCAAAGAUCUGAACAUUUGGGCACGUUAGUGGCUAGUAUCGAUAAGACAAAAGUUGAUCCUACUGAAUCAGCAACCCGAGAAUCUGAACAGUUGGAUACGUUAGUGGCUAGUAUUGAUAAGGCAGGAGUUGAUCCUACUGGAUCUGCAAUGCAAAAGUCUGAACAUUUGGAUACGUUAGUGGCUAGUAUCGAUAAGACAAGAGUUGACACUACUGAAUCAGCAACCCAAAAAUCUGAACAGUUCGAUGCUUUUGGGGGCAGUACCACGGAUGCAACAGUUUCAUCUGAGCUAGUUGGAGAUGAUCCUAUGGCUGGUCCUGCAACUCCAUUGUCAACAGUUUCUGUUACUUCUUUGUUGGAUUCAAAGAAGAGGAAAAGAAAUCGAACAGGGUCCAAGAAGAAAGGUGAAACCCAGGAUGGUUCAUCAAUGACAGAUGUUGAGAAGACUGUCUCAACAUCCAGUAAGAGAAAGAAGAAGUCUUGGACUAGUUUGAAGGAAAUUGCUGAAAGUCAGAGUAACAAUACUAGGAAGUUCUCCAAUAUAUCUGUUCCAUUUACUCUUUGAUUCUGAGAAUUGAGUUGUUGCCCGUUGAGCUCAUAAUUGUGCGUUCCGAUCAAAUUCGGAUCGCGUACUGCAAGGUCUAUUCAGAGUGGCACCCCUAACAUAAUUUUAAAUAUGGUCUUUAGUCAUAGAUAAUGAGGAAUUUCAUUAUGUGUGCCCAUAAAAGGUUAAAUUUUGUUAAAGAUUUUUUUUUUUUAAA